AAAUCUAACACAAUCUUCUAUUCACUAUUUGAUCUUAACAAUCUAAUACAUACACCAGAUUUCUUCAUUAAUAUCUUUCAAUACUGCGAACACACUAGUGCAAAUACUUAAUCGACGUCUGCUCGUUCACUCAUACCAUCGCAUCGUCACACAAUAUGAUGCAGAUGCUUGACCACAAUAGCUUUUCAUCGAGAACUCACCAACCGUUCCAGUUCUUUGCUCAGCAGCCUCUCGAAGGUGACUCGAAUACGAAUCUCGUAUCAGGAAGAAAUAGCGGGUUUCAUCCAUCAACAUCACUAUCGAACUUAGACACCGCCGCCGCCGCCAUCGCCGCCACCCAGCGAUACAGAGCUCCCGCGACACCGUCGCAGUCGGCAUUUGAGGGGGGAAACAACAGCCAGAGUCUAAGUCAAGUUCCCGAAUUGAUGCCGUCGGACUCGUGGAUGCUUCACAGCAACCAGCAAACUCCAAGGGCUGCACAUCGGUUUAGCCAUCAGCGAGAAUCCUCUUUGUCGUCGCUAGGAUCCAAUGGCCCGGCGUCGCCAUACAAUGGCAACACAUCAAAUCCUCACAUAGCCGUCACAGAUUCGAACAACGAUGCGUAUCAAGAUAUGAGCAGUGGCGACAACAGCUACGGAUAUAAUUUGGGAAAGUCGAUGCCUAUGACCGACGCCUCUUUCUACGCGAGCGCCUUGCCGAACUACAGCCAUCGCGACAGCAACGUUACUAAUACCAAUAGCCACAACCGUCACAGCGGUCGCGAUGCUUUCAGUGGUCAGCACAUGUCGCGUGAUGUAGCCUCGGCUGACGGCAUACAAAACAUAGCGAAUCAACAACAGCAACAUAAAUUAAGAGGCGACCGAGGCUUAGCUCCGGCUCCUGAGUUGUCCAUUGGCGGUGGAUCAUCUACCAGAUCUCAUCCCGUUUCAGUGGCAAGUUCUAUUGCAGGCGGUGACUCACCAGCUACUCCGUCGUUCCACGAACCCGAGGAUGACUGUCGAAGACCAAGGAAUGUUUACAACAACAACCAUGUCCCGAAGUUAGAUCGCACUAUGACCGAUAUCUACAACGACGAACUCUUCAACCCGAACUUCACCAUAACGUCAGCGUCUCCACCGCCACAGACGCAAAUAGCCAUGUCGCCAAGCAACGAGUUGUUCGCCCAAAGACUUCAGGCUGCCAACAGCCAACACUUGAGUGCUGUCCAGUCCCCCAUCUCCAACCCAUCACGAGACGACCACUCGCCAUUCCGACAUGGUUCUCCAUAUGCUUCCGCCAUCAACGACUUCCCUCAGGUUGGUAUGGAACACAUGCGACUUGGAUCGGCUAGACAAAUGCAUCAACAGCGAAAAGCGGAGCGAGAAGCGAAGGAACUACAACAACAACUUGCGCGCAACUCUACACAGCAGCAAGGUACUCCUAAUACCAUUUCGCCGAAAGAUGCGCUACUCGACUUCAACGAGUCGGACGAAGCUUCCAAUAUGCCCUUAUUCCCAUCGCAAGAAUCUCACAGCUACAACAUGGAACAAGUAAGAAACGACGCUGUGAAUAUGGCAUCUAGAAACAUUUCACAACACUCAAGCCCGUCCUUCCAGUCAGUAGCGUCGACGCCGAUGCAAAGCGGGUUCAACUUCUCCAUGCCGAUACCGCAGCAAUACCCUUUCAUUGGUCACCAGCAACAGCAGCGCUCGACGCCGGCGACUUCGUCAUAUUCCAGGGUUAGCUCGGCCGAUGCUAGCAACUCGGAAGGUGGCGAAGCACCAAGCCAGAAACCGGCGGGGGCUAGCGCGGAUGGAGGCACUUACACUUGCACGUAUCACGGAUGCACUCUACGGUUUGAGACGCCAGCAUUACUACAAAAGCACAAGCGCGAGGGACAUCGUCAAGCCAACGCUCUGAGCCACGUCAGGUCGUCACCGACGGGGUCGGGCGGCAUGCCGGGCAGCAUACUUAACAGUCAGGCUGGGCCGCAUAAAUGCGAGAGAAUUAACCCUAGCACCGGCAAGCCCUGCAAUACGAUCUUUUCUAGACCCUACGACCUUACGCGUCACGAAGAUACGAUUCACAAUGCGCGCAAGCAGAAAGUUCGUUGCGACCUCUGCACGGAGGAGAAGACUUUUAGCCGGGCAGAUGCUUUGACGAGACAUUACCGCGUCUGCCACCCCGACGUCGAGUUUCCAGGCAAGCACCGGAGACGUGGUGGUGCUGGCGUAUGAGCUGGCGCGCAUAGUGAAGCCUAAAGCAUUGCAUCGUGCGAAGGUACCCAAGUAUCGAAGGUACUCAUUCGCCAAGCCAGGCGUUGCAGGUUGCAGGCAGGCGAGAAUGUUCCUGGUGGGGAGCCAAGGAGUGUGCUCGAAUGGUCUGGAAGUUGAACAAAGGCCCAAUGCAUGCAAGGCGCCGGGGUGUGCAGGUGGGGCUUCCGUUGACAUUGGAAGAAAGGGUGGAAUAUCAGGGUCCAACGUCAAUUCUGCAGGGUCCUGCGGGCUAAUGAUGCAUCUGGCUAUUUGCGGCAUGGUCGAUUUUAGCGUUGGCCCGGCUUCUGAAC